CGGUGUCAGGAGAGAGAGAGAGAGAGAGAGAGAGAGAGAGAGAGACAAAAUUGGAGAAAAACAUCCAUGAGUUAAAAGAAAAGCUGAAAGAACAGACUGCAAUGUGUUUAGAGCUUAAAAACAAGGACAGAGAAUCUCCCAACAACAGCUGCUCUGAGAGUAACCUGCGGCUCCAUCACGAAGAGACGUCACACAGAUCUGUUCCUGCAGAUUCUCACACACCACCAGCGUCACACAGCUCUGUUCCUGCAGAUUCUCACACAUCACCAGCGUCACACAGAUCUGUUCCUGCAGAUUCUCACACACCACCAGCGUCACACAGGACACCAGCGACUCAAGCCUCAGUGCUUCUUCUGAUGGACUCCACUGGAAAGAACAUCGAACCCAAGAAACUCUUCCCCAGACAGAGAGUCCUAGCGCUCCACUGCAGAAACACAGAACGCGUUCAUGAACUGCUCACUCAUGAUGAUCUCGGCAGCCCGCAGUGUGUUAUCAUUCACACAGGUACAAAUGACCUCCAUAAGUUAAAUGAAGGGACAGCUAAGGCAAUACAUGAGAUGGCAGAGAAAGCCUCACAGACAUUCCCCGCUUCACGUGUACUGAUCUCCACCUUGCUCCCGCGGCUCGACGUCCCUCCCUCUGUGAUCGAUCAGAUCAACCAAGAGAUCCGUUACUCCUGCUCCAGUCUGCCCAACGUGCACUUAGUCCAUCACAGCUCUGUAAGACCAUGGCACCUGUAUGACGGGCUCCACCUCAAUCAGGAUGGAGUCAGGAUUUUUGCCAAAGCUAUCAAAGAUGUUGCUCUUGGACGCUUUCCAACAACUGACUACAGAGGAGCUAAAAGAAACAUGAGAAUGCAGCCGUCCGAGGUAUCUGGACCUUCAUCUCACUCAAGACCACCACGAGACUUUCACAGGCAUCCCAGGACUUCAGGAUGGUCUCACAGACAGCAGGAGAGUCAGCUCUACACUGAAGGCCGACCCCAGCGCCGGACACCCAGCUAUGCCCAGGUACUGUCCCAGCAGACGCCCCCAUCAUCCGCUCAGGAACUACUCCCCAUUAGUGAGGUGGGAGAAAUUAAACGACUGCUAACCCUUCUCUGCAACAAAAUGCUCAUCUGAACUCAACUGAAUUGUUAUCAUUGUGAUUAUUUUUAUUAUCAAUUGUAAUUAUUUUUACUUUAUUAUUAUUA